AUGGAUAAAGGGUUAAUUAAGCUGGAGGAACACUUUGAGGAGGAGUAUGUAGCCAUGGUAGAUAGGAAUGAGCCAUUGAUGAUACCCAGUCAAGGGGCGAGGAAACCAUUAAUCAUCCCAUGUUCUAAACCACCACUGCGGAUACCCACACAAGAACACACCAGGGUUAUCCCGGUUAAUCAGAACAAAGCUCCAUAUCCUUUGGACAAAAUGAAAACAGUACCUUGGGAAUACAUUUCCGGAGCUAAUACUGCUGUGUCAAACAUCGUUGGACCUGGAGGCAUAACCCGUAGCGGUCGCAUAUUCAAAACUGCACAGGCACAACAAAAGCCUAAUGAAAACUUGACACAAGCUAGUGAUCAAGCUGCUACGAGACCAAGUGUAGAGGCUACCCCCAAGGAUAAGGAAGCCACUGAUAAGGAUGCUGAGGAAUUUUUGGCUUUAAUCAAGAAGAGUGACUAUAGGGUGGUGGAUCAGUUACAACAGACACCUUCCAAAAUAUCACUCCUAUCACUAUUGGUGCACUCCGAGAAGCAUCGAGACGCCUUGAUGAAUAUUCUGAAUGCCACACAUGUAACUAAAGACAUCACUAUAAAUCAGUUCGAUGGGAUGGUGGCUAAUCUCUCUGAUGGGGCAUGUCUGGGGUUCAAUGAUCAUGAGUUACCUCCACAAGGAAAGGCGCACAACAAGGCCUUGCACAUCUCUAUACAAUGUGGAAAGGCUCAUCUAUCUAGGGUUCUGAUUGACACAGGUUCGUCACUAAAUGUGAUGCCAAAAGCUACCCUCGACAAGAUAGCCUUGGAAGGUCUCGUUGUCAGACCAAGCCGUCUAGUGGCCAAAGACUUCGAUGGGUCGCAGAGUACGAUGUUUGGAGAAGUAGAUCUUCUUGUUUUAGUUGGUCCUCAUACCUUCUGUAUCAACUUCCACGCAAUGGAGAGAGAACCGGCUUACACUUGCCUACUAGGGCGUCCUUGGAUUCAUGCAGCUGGGGAAGUCACAUCCAUCCUCCAUCAAAAGAUAAAGUUUGUGGAUGGAAACUCCGUAAUAACCAUCAAUGGGGAGAAAGACAUAUUCUUCAGCAACUUGGAUUCAUACAAAUACAGUGAGGUUGGAGAAGGACCGUUAGAAACUGCAUUCCAAGCGCUAGAGAUUGCAACUGCGGUCACACUGCCUGUGGAGAAAAUGCGAAGGGAGGUAACAUCGUGGAGAGACCUACAAGACCUGAAUGUGGAAGGCUGGGGCAAAGUACCAGAAAUCUUGGAGAAGAAGGAUCGCUUAGGUCUAGGAUAUCAACUGUCGAAGAUCACAAGCGUUGUGAUGGAGGAACAACGAUUCCCCCCGAUUAUGGAGACUUUCGUGACAGGCGGAUAUGAACAUGUGGCUAAGAUAUCCAACAUGGAAUCUAAGGAGGGAACAUCCAACUUCAUCUGA